AUGGCUACCCCAGCGCCCAAGAAGCGUCGAGUGAUCGAGGAUAAUCGCUGGCCAUCUGGAAAUGAAACUGCUGAAGGCACAACUGCAACCGGGUUGAAAUUGCUCGAGUCUCUCAAGAGUUCGAAAGACAAGACAGGUCGAAUCGUUGCAACCGAGUUCCUCCAACUGCCACCUAGGACCAAUACAGAGUAUUACCGACAGGUCAAGCUUCCUCUCUCAUUCCAGGAAAUCGAGGACAAAUUGAAUGCUCUUCAAUAUGAGAAUAUGACAGCACUCGAGUCGGACCUCAAGCGUAUGGUACAAAAUGCCAAAGAGUUCAACACCACAAGCUCAAAGAUCUAUGAGGAUGCGGAGAGGAUUCGUAAAGCAUUAUCGAACUUCAUGCCGAAGCACAACCCAGCGUACAAGGAUCAGGAGUACCGUGCAGUGCCGACGCCGAUUCCGGACGACAUUGAAGAUAAAGGCCAUGUCAGUGAAGCUGCAACCCCCGUGGAUGCACUUGUAGCCCCGACGAUCAAAUUAAGAGUGAAUGGUUCGGCAAGCCGGAAGAGCGCAAAUGGUGUAAAGGACGAAACCCCUUCGGCAGGAAUGGAAAGCAUGCAACAAGAGCAGCUCAAAAUUGUGGAAGAAAUGAUCGAGCUUCGAGAUCCAACUGAUGCGGACACCGAGAUCACACUUGAGUUCUACGAAAAGCCUUCCAAGCGAGACUAUCCCGACUACUACAAACAGAUCUCGCAUCCAACGGCUUUGAAAGACAUCCAGAAGGCGGUCUCGAGCAACAAAUUUCCAACCUGGGAGUCUUUCAUUACAGAGGUUGAGUAUCUGUGGGAAAACGCCAGAACCUACAACGAAGAAGGCUCCUUCAUCCAUGAGAAUGCAAAUAAGUUGCGGGACUGGUUCUUGAAUCGACUGUCAGGUAUUGACGGUGCACGAGAUAUUAUGCCACCCAAGAAGCUCAUCCUCAAUCCACCCAAGAAUCCGUCGCAACAACCAACGCCACGCAUCAAAUUCACUAACCUUAACAAAGAUACUACACAACCUGGUAUCACUGUUGACGAAGAAGCUCGACGUCGGCAGGAUGAGCAUGUACGGGCUGCUUCUCGAGGCCAGGUCUUUGGCUCGGGUGAGACACCAGUUCGCAUGGCUCAGCGUCCUUCUAGCCGUAGAGAAUCACCACGUGUCAGCGCUACACCUGUAGGCAAAGUCGAAGCCGGCUUGAAACGAAGUGCAUCUGUCGCUUCCACAGGUGGCGCUGAAGACAAGGGAAGUCUGGCGCAAGACAGCAGCAUGGCAGAUGCACGUCCAGACAGUGACCAGCCCGCUCAGCCAGUUGGCAAUCAGAAAUUGAGUCAGGAUGUGACCUCGACAGCAUCGAUGCAACCACCAGCUAGUAUCCCUCAGCAGUCUCAGCCCGCCCAAGUUCCACGCCCUCCAACUGCCACACCAGCUUACCUAGUCGAGACCGCCUUCGAUCGGGUCAUGAGAGAUCCACGAAAGGGUAUCGAGGAUGCUCUGUACACGCACAUUGAAGCCGAAACAGACCCGGAGCUUGAACAUCCUCACCCAUGGAAAAUGACAUACUUUCCCGAGAAAACACAAACCCAGCACGGGAUGGUAAUCCAUCUGCCCCCAUCGCAUCCAUGGUUGCAGAUGACUCUUCAUCUCAGCCAAGAGUGUCUCGGUCGUGCACAGUGGCGACCGGUUUUGAGCAGAGACCUAGCAAUCCUCUAUCCCACACAACCAACCGUGCGUGGUGUCUAUACCUUCCACUUCAGACUUCUCCCUGGAGUCAACACGAUCUGCGCCGAUUUUUUAGCUACGAUAAACAAGAAAGGAGAACCAGCACCGGAAUGGCCCCAGGAGAGACAUGACUUCGAGCGAUUCGUCCUUACAGUCAACUUUCUAGCACAAGAGAUCUAG